CGUCGCGCCGCGCCGCCUGUCGCUUUAACCGCCCGCCCCGGGUGGCGGCGGGCGCAGUGCGCAUGAGCCGGCGGCCGGCACCGCGCCCGGCCUGAGGCAGCGCGCGCCGCACCUGCUCGCGGCUGCCUUCUGCGGGACGGCGCCGGGGCUCCGGGCGCGGAUUCCUCCCUCCUGCGGCCGGAAUGAAUACAGCUUACAGCCCUACGUAACACGCUGGUGACAUUCUGCACUGCGUCGAGAUCAGAAAGUCAGAGGGUGUGAUGCCUAGAAAUCUCCUGUCAGACUUCUCUGAAAUGGCAUCCGAAAUCUCUCCAAAUCAUGUGCUUGGGAGCGUGGAGAGGAGUGACAACGUGGAGAAUCGCAGCACCCAAGCUAGGUGCAGAAAUGUUCCCUUGGAUGAUGAGAGUCUGAAAUACUUAACUCAUGAAGAGAAGGAUGUUCUCAUGUUCUUUGAAGAAACCAUAGAUGCCUUAGAUGAUGACUUGGAGGAACCAGUCCUACCUGACAGUGGCAUCCACUCUCAGUCUCCAAGGUCAACAGAAGAAAAUGUCUCCAGUCAUUCAGAAACUGAAGACAUCAUUGACUUAGUGCAGUCUACACCUGACAGUAGUGACCAUGAAGGCCCUCCUACCAGAGAUGCAGAACCAGUGUUGGAUGCUGCCUGGGGAACUGAUAGCCCUAAGCCAGCAGUACCUGCUGACCUUCCCUCACAUCCCUCUGUAGCACCACUGCCACCACCACCAACACAUGAGAUGCUUCCUCCUCCUCCACCUCCUCCGCCUCCAGUGCAGCACCCAAAGCUGCUUCGCUCCAUCCCCACUCCACUCAUUAUGGCCCAAAAGAUGUCUGAGCAGCAGAUGGAGAGCAGGCUGCGCUUGCCUGGUGCCUUCAAAGAAGGGAAUUCUGAAAGGAAGAAAACCCCAGUACCCAACGGUGAUUAUCUUGCACCUCCUAAGUAUCCUCCCCCGCCAGCACCCAAACUGCACAGGUUUCCAAGCAAUAUUAACAUAACCAAUGUCAGUGGUAAAGAAUUCAACGAGACUAUCUCAAAGGCAGCAGUUAACGUACAGGAGCGGAGAGCUCAGGUGCUGGCCAAUAUCAAUGGAGGAGCCUUUCUGGCAGCUGAACUGGAGGAAAAGCUGCAGAAAAAUGAUUUGUUGGGACGCAACAGGAGUUCUUCCUUAAGGGAUCUCUCCUCUGAACAGACACGAUAUGAGGCCCUGACAAAACUUGGUCUAGUGAAAGUAAGGCCAGCUCAGGACCAAGUGGAUCAUGCCCCAGGUACUCAGCAGCUUGAUGUGCAGCCCAAACAGGGAGACGUUGUUCCCAAUGGAUAUCAAAACAUCCAUGAGAUUUUAAGAAGCGAGCCCAGCCCUUUCCUUCCUCAGGGCAAAACUGUAACAAUCAAACCAGAGGUGGCUCUUGCUGCUAACAAGGUCACUCAGCAGAACACAGCAAAAGGAUUUAAUGAUCAUAAGCAACCUAAUCUAAACCUGGAUAUGAGGAGGAGGUCAGGUUCGCUGCCUCGCCCUUCAGGGUUUCGACCCCAAGGGAUAACGGUAAGGUUUUCUGGACGUGGCUCAACGGAAGAAGCUAGGAGAGAGGCACUUCGGAAACUGGGACUACUGAAAGAGACUGCAUAAUCCACGCAGGAAUGCUGCGGCAGUGGGGGGCAACUCAUAGCUUGGCUUUGUGCUAGAAGAAUCCCAAUAGGAUUGGGAUUAAAUGAACUGGAAGAAGGGGGUGUUCUCUGCUUCAGGCAAGCUAAGGAGGUACUAGAUACUGUGGCAUGACAGCUAGUGUUUAACCCAGCAUAACUGGCACAUGUGCAGUCAUGUACAGUGGUGGGUUUCAACCCUCCUUGCUACCGCGAUACGCAUUUGUUGUUCUCUGUGACUAUGAAGAAUUUUAUUUAAGUAAUGCUGGACUAUAGCAGAGGGCAUCCUGUUAAUGAAGUGUACAGUGCAGUAUUGUUGUACAUAGUAAAUUGAAUGGAGAAUCUUCCUUUUGCUCUACCUUUCUCAAGCCAAAAACAAGAGCUCCGUUUGUCUUGCACACGUGUGUAUGUCUGUUCACGGGAGCUCGAGAUACGUCAAAACUGAAAAUUUUGACCAGUGUGGCCAAUUUCUGUGACUGUUUGUCUUGUCUGUAUUAUCCGGCUCUGCUUCCUUCCCUAGUUGUGGUGGGACCUUUCCUUUCCUUGCUCUGUGCCCGACUCGACUGAAGACUGUAGAGAGGGCAGUUUCCGUUUUGACCUUCUCUUUGACAGAACAGCCCAAGCUUGGAGUUGGCCACCGCAUCAUUCUGCCACUUGAAGUCUGCCUUUCCUCCUGGCCACCUGCUUCGUGGUCAUGCUCUAGCAACCUGCUUGUCCAGUGAAAGGCACCAGAUAGGCCUGAAGGAUAUGCGCAGUGCGUCGCUUUUUGCACUGACAGCCAAAGAGUCUCUUGACAAUCUGUAACCCCAACUGUUCUGUACCGGUGAUGAUGUUACUAGCAGAGAAGCCAUAGGAACAAGUUAACUUUGUACCAAAUGUGGGAACCUUAUGUCAAAAGGCUCACCUUUUACAUGAGGGUUUGCAGGAAGAGACUGUUACUUUUCAAACAAUAGCUGUACUACACUAAAUGGCUGUGAUUAAGUUCUGUUAUUUCUGAUAACUGUCUCACGAUCUUCCCUGUAGCUUGAAAGCCCUAGCGAUCCUCUGUUUGGAGACAGCCUUAUUUGAUUCUGCUCUGCCAAUACAUGACAGAAGUUAGCCAAAACUCUUGCAGGCUAAGUGGAGUUACAGAACAGAUCAGUAGGUAAGAGCGUAUAGCUCCUGAAUGGUCCGAGUUGGCACAUUUGGCCUUUAUUCAAUAGAUGUGCUUUUAAAGAUGGUCCAAAAGAAUAUUUACCUGGUAGCUGGUAUGAUUUUUGUAUAUGGCAAAGCUGCUCUUUCAGAAGAAAAGUCCCUUCCCUUCUUUUUCAUCCCCAAACCUCACAAAUAGCCAUUUUAAAAACAAAAUGCCAAAAUCUACGCCCUCUAAAUCCCUCAUUGUUACUCCUGCAUGUUUGAGAGUCCUCAAACUUUUUGCUAAAGGGAAAAAACUUGCUUGUUCUCUGCACUAAGGCCUCAAGCAGCCCCCUCUUUUUUCUUUUUCUUUUUUUUUUUUUUUUCCCCCUCAGUAGCUGAGUAAUAAGCCUUGGAAAAGUGGAGGGGAGUGGCGGUACAGAAACCAACACACCCUUCAUACAAGAGCUCUGACAUAACUGUGAUAAACAACGUUGUAUUUCCUGUGAUAAAGUAUUUCAAACUUGCUGAGCUGUACUUGUAAAUGAAACUGUUGUGAAGGAAAAUCUUUCCGUAAUUGUCAACCUGCCUCAGAAGUUAAAGUAUUUUUUUAAUUGUCUGCUUGCUGCUUAAAUUUUUAAUUGCAUUGUUAUGGUAUCUGGCUCCGUUCUGUUAUGUAGUUUUUCUUGUCAGCCUUUUCGCAGGGUAAGCGAUCAUGUUCCUCAUUGCGACAGGCAUACCAUACAAAGCAGUCGGUAAUUAAAAAAUGUGACCGGUCCUCAGUCUGGCCGAGCACUUAAGCAUGGAUAAUCAAAGGUGAGAAGAGAAAACAGAGAAGGCUGUGUGCUGAAAGCAUGUACUUGCCUUGCUAGGAUCUGAGUUUGUAGUCUCAAACCAGGAAGGUGAUGGCUGCAUGGAUUCAUGGGCUUCAUGCUGUCCGCAGUGGAGUCCCAUGUGUGGAUAGUAUGGUGCCACUCUUCAGAGUAAGUUUAAAUGUUUCAUGGCUUCCUGUGCUUUUAAAUCCUGUUCAAGAUAAUUUUACAUUAUAAAUAUGAAGUGUGUACAAAGCAGUCUUCACCUCUAAUUGUUUCUUGCCAGUAACAAGCUCUUCUCGUGAGUUGUUUACAGUUGAGAGUCCAUGCUAAAAACCCCUGACACUAAUAGUUUCACUGAAAUUCAGCCCUACUCAAUAACUGUGUAACAUAACACUAUUUAAAAAAAAUUUAGAUGUUCAAUAGCUAAAGUAUAGAGUUGUGGUAUGCCGAAUUAGCUGGAUCGUAUUCUUUCAUCCUUUGUGUAGGGCUGUGUCACCCACUUGUGGGAAGUGAGAGUUUCAGCUUCGCUAGGUAAAGCGAUUUCUGCCAGUGAGGAGUUGGAGCCAGGUAUUCAUUGUGGCCCUUCACAGUAGCAACCAUCCUGUUGGUAAAACCUUCACUGUGCCUGAAACUGUAGUAAGUAAAGCCAUGUACUAUAUGAAGUUAAAAGUCUAGCUGCUAAUAACCUAUAUGUAUAUACAUAUAUAAAUUUAGCUCUAUUUUGUGUAUCUUAUUUUGUGUGUAUAUGUUGCUGUGAUUUCCAUCCCACCCCCAGUGUUAGAGGUCACUGUCUUGCACAAAUCUGAUAAAUCAUCUAAUUAAACUGGGAUAAAACCAAUGGAACUAUGGCUGAUGGAAAGUGAAAUUUCAUGCUUUAUCACCAGUAGCAUGCAUCUUUCUUAGAUAAGGGAGGAGAGAUGCGAUUUUUGAAUAGCUAAUACCAAUUUAAUAGCUGUUAUCUUUGCAACUGUGGAUCUAUGAGCCAUCCUGCCCCAGAGGAAAAAGAAAAAAGGAUUAUUUCACACUCUUUUUGAGAGAUGUGUGUCUUCCCUGUGGGGCUUCAGGAACCGUGACCACCUUGUCCUUGCAGGAGGGAGGUAGCAUCCGAAACCAUGUGUUAAAUAAGCAAAAGUCCCCUUCUCUUCCACCCUGCGUUUUGCAACAGUGAGAGGACUUUUCUGAAAGGAAUAUUCCAUGCAUGAAAGUAUAGUAAGUGCUCCUCAUGUUUCUGUGCCUGCAAGAACGUUGUAUUUUAUCACGCGUGAGUGUGCCCAGGCUGGUGUGGCUAUGCUGAUGGUAGUCUUUCUCAUAACAGGACAGAAAGUUCCCCUGAGGGCUACUUAGCUUUUGUGCAUUUUUCUUGUGUUUCUCCCUUUUCAUUUGGAUGCUUGUACAUCAAGAUUGCUAAGAUCCUUCUGACCAAAUAACUAAGUGUUGGCUCUGGCAUGCAUUACUAUAGUUACUGCUGCCAAUUAGAAUACUGACAUAAAGGUUUCUUAAUGAACUGCCACCUAGCUGAGGUGGUAGUUAAACUGGUCCUGCAGUUGUCCCACUUCAUGUAGGGAAUGUCUUAGGGCCCAAAUUACUGACUUCUGCUUUAAAAAAGAAAAUAAAAGUCCUGCAAAAGAACAGUUCUUCAAGAAUUGCUGGCUUCCUUUUGCCCAGAUCCCUAAAGGUAACUAAUGCCUCCAGUGGAAGUAAAGCAUCUAAACUCUG